AGGGCUCAGUCACAUUCCUGCACUCACACAGUUGACUUCACUUGUAAACUGUGAGGUUCACUAAAAGCGGAUAAGGCUGGCUGACACAGACCAAGUCAAUGAAUUCCUCCAACCUGAAUUUCCCUUCUCAUUCACCGACUCUCCUCUUGUCUCUCUCCCAGGUUUCAUCGACUCAUUAAAGAGGUGGUUGCUAAGGGAUGACAAUCGGUGACAUUGGCGAGAGCCUCAGAUGUAGAGCAGCCUGUAGAGCAGCCUGAAGCGCGACUUCUCCAGGAUCACUUUCCUCCACACCUCUGUCUGUACUUGGCUCAUGUGAAGGACACCUGCAAAGCUCGUAUAUCAACAGACUCACAGAUACCAUGGCUGCGUUUACUGCUCCUUGUGCCACCACCAAUACCACCACCACCACGGUGGCCCGAGCUGCAUGGCAAAGGCAAGGAAGCAGCGAAAAGGCGGGAAAAGGCGAGAAUGGGGACUUGGGAGAAAACACUAUCCUGGAGAAAACCCACGAGUUCUUCCAGAUGUGUGACAUCGAGAACAAGGGCUUCAUCAGCCGACGUGACAUGCAGAGACUAAAUGGCGGGCUCCCUCUCAGUGCAGAAGAGUUGGAGAACGUAUUUGAUACCCUUGAUUCCGAUGGCAAUGGAUACCUUACCCUCGACGAGUUCUCCUCUGGCUUUAGUAAGUUUUUGUUCGGUCGGAAGAUUUCAGUAGAACAAGGCAUGGGAGAGAAAAACCCCUGUGAAAGCCCGGCAGAGGUCCUAUACCAGACCCACUGGGAGGAGAGUGUGGCACGAGGAGAUGAGGAUGAGGAGGAGAAACACUUUUGCAUGCUUAUGGAGAGCCUCGGAGCCAAUAGUGUCUUUGAAGAUCCUGCUGAGGUGCGCAGCUUGUGGGCCCAGCUACGCCGGGAUGAACCACACCUUUUAUCCAACUUUGAAGACUUCCUUGCCAGAGUGACCUCCCAGAUCUUAGAGGCCAACCAGGACAAGAAGGAGAUGGAGAGCGCUCUAAAAAGGAAAGCAGCAACACACGAUGAUGAGAUCCAGCGCCUUUAUGAGGAAAUGGAGCAGCAAAUAAAAAAUGAAAAAGACAGGAUUGUGCUGCAGGACUACGAGCGGUUUCUGUCUCGCAGUCAAGACAUGGAGCUCCAGCUGUCCAGUAAGGAGAAAGAGCUGGAGCAGCUCUUUCAGAAACAGAGAAGGUUGGAGAGCCAGUGCCAAGAGCUUCACAGUGAACAACAUGUGACCAUGGUGGAGAAUGUGAAGCUAAAGCAGACGAAUGACGAGUUAGCACGGGAGCUGGAGCACACCAGCCAAGAGCUGCUGUUGGCACAGGAGCAGCUUAGCGUGCUGCAGGAGCAGUCCGCACGGCUUCAUGAGGAGAAGGAGAUGGAAAUAUACAGACUGACUGAGGGACUGCAUCGAGAGCGAGCGGGCCUCCUCAAACAACUGGACCUUUUGAGGGAAAUGAACAAACAUUUACGAGAUGAAAAGGACAUGCGUUAUCAGAAACCAAAGAUUUCUCAGAAACCUUCAGGUUUGAAGCAGAGGCCUUUAAUCAGUGUUGUGAAACACACAAACACAAAUGUCUUCAAAAGUGAGGAUGAGGAGGAGCUGACCACAGGCUAUGUGAGGGAGAACCUAACCAAUGGGUCAUGCCAGUUCUCCCACACAGCAGAGACAAGAGGGCACCUCCAGAGGAUCAUCUCUAUCGAGGAGGACCCCCUCCCACAUCUGCUCCAGAAUGACUGUCAGGCUCAAACCCUUCACGAGUGUAGUGAAGGAGAGGAAGCCUCAGACAAUGAGGAGAAUAUUGACUUGGUGAUGAGCGAUAUUUACCCGUGUGCGUCUUCUGCUCAGCAGCAAAAGUCGAAGGGAACUGAGGAGAAAAGGGACACCCCGACAUCUCCGAGGGGUCAGCCUGUUGGCAAGGAGACCAGCAUAAAUGAGGAAGGUGGCCCCUCGCUGCCUGACCGCCUCUUCAAGAUCAUCCUGGUGGGGAACUCAAGUGUUGGAAAGACCUCCCUCCUUCGACGUUUUUGUGACGACUGCUUCCGCCCUGGUACAUCUGCCACUGUGGGUGUAGAUUACAGUGUAAAGACAAUAACUGUGGACAACAACCAUGUGGCACUACAGAUGUGGGAUACAGCAGGACAGGAGAGGUAUCGAAGCAUAACCAAACAAUUCUUUCGCAAGGCUGACGGUGUGGUUGUGAUGUAUGACAUCACAGCUGUGCAGAGCUUCACCGCUGUCAGACAGUGGCUGACGAGUGUAAAGGAGGGCGCAGGCGAGGACAUCCCUCUUAUGCUCUUGGGAAACAAAACGGACAAGGAGAUGGAGAGACAAGUUCAGAAAGGACUGGGCGAAAGACUAGCCAAGGACUGCCAAAUGACUUUCUUUGAGUGCAGUGCAUGCUCUGGGCACAAUGUGGUGGAGUCCAUGGUUCAGUUAGCCAGAAUUCUGAAAGAGCAAGAGGACAGAGAGAAGGAGAAGACAGUCCAGCUGGUCGGCAGCCCCUCUGAGAAGAAGAGAUCCUGCUGCUAACAGUUAAGCAGUCAACAUAAACACAGUAGCACUACCCUUUACUAAGAUUCACAAUGUGAUAGUGUGACCACAUGUGCCACAGAGGACACAUUAUUCUGAAGAUCAGCACAACUGUUUCCACUGUCUUCCACCAUGUAGCACUCAGGGUAAACCCAACACCAGAAUGAACACUGUACGUAUGUUGUCACGGGUGUUAUUGCACUAUUAUGGACAGUCUACUCUCUAUGUUUACCCAAGUUAUUUGCAGUUUGAAAGUAAGUAAAUGGAAAUUUUAUGAAAUGUAGUAAAAUAAUUGUAAUAUUUGAAAAGUUCAAAGGCUACCUUAGUUUGACUUUUAGAUAUAAAAACAACGGAACAAAACUGAGACUUUCACUUUUUCAUUUUAUAAAUGUAGGAUAUUCAUCCAAAGUCUGACUGUAGCUCUCAAAUAUUUAUUUACCUUUCAAAGGCCCUUUAUCUGUCACAUGUGGGCUUUUGACUGUAUAUAUUAACAUAUUAUUCAGUUGUGCGUAGCUUUUUAGCUGUUUUGCUUCGUCACCUUUUCUAUAUUACACAGGUGUCUUAGUUUUUUCACCUGUGUGUUGUCCACUGAAUAAACAAAAAUAGCAGUGUAGUUAAAUAAAAUAAAAAAAACACUGAAAAUGAUUAGCUUCAAAUGUAGUAUUUGUAGCAGGGCUGUCACAUUUUAUAGUAUUUUAUUUGAUAGACUUGUGUUAUGUUUUGCACAUGAUUAUUGAUUUGUAAUUCUGUGUUGUUUUUGUUGUAACAGUACUGAAGAUUAUUAGGCUACCUGAGCAUUUAGCUGGGAGGUUGGCUCAGUUGUGUGUUUUUGUAUUUUAAGAUAAUAAUGCAGAUAAUUAUUUUUCUCCAAUUGACCAAAUUAAGUUUACUGGAGUAAAAUGUUUAUUUCAAAUAAUCUAAA